UUAUAAUUAAGAUUUUUUCGAGAUUAUUUUAAUUUCUUGAGUUAAAGAAUAAUUUUAGCGAGUUUCGACAAUUAUGGAUGCUACAAAUAAGAGAUAUGUUCACGACCAUGUUUCGUCCUACAAGAAUCGAGGAGAAAAGUUGGGAAGUUCAAAUCGGUUCGUUAGAGCUCAUCGUGCCAACGAAGAUAGGAAAGCCUUACGAUUAGAUGAGAUAACCAAAAGAAGAGGCUUAGUGUUGUCUCUAGUUAAUGAAUGUAACUUGUCUUUGGAGGAAAAUCCAAGUCAAAAGAAAACAACGGUAAAAACCAACGACAGCAAGGCCAGAGGCAAAGUCAAAGUAGCAAAAUCAAACAGUAAAGAAAAUGCGCCCCAGCCUCAAGUCACAGAUGAGAGAAAAGCCAUGCUCUUAAAAUGGAGGGAACAAAGAGAGCUUAAAAGAAAGGCAGAAGUUGCCAAGAAACAAGAAAAAGGUGUAUUUGCUGUGAGGCAUAUUAAAUAUGACAACAAAACUAUCCUGGCACCAUUUCCUAACAAAGGAACAAAGUUAACUCCUAAAAAACCCAAACCAGUUAGUGUACCUCCUGCUAAACGAGUGACACGGUCUUCAGCAAAACUAGCCAUCAGCAAGCAAGCAAGCAGAAAAGUAACAUCCAGUGCCAAAAAGCCUGUAGCUGUCAUUAAGGAUGAAGAUGUGCCAAAAAGGGUGACAAGGCAGUCUGUUAAGAGUAAGACAUCAUUAGCAGUUAAUCAACAUACAGAUAAUGAGAAAAAUAAACUUGAAGAAAAAAGCAAGAAAGAAAAAGAUCCCCCAGUUGAGUCUGAGAAGAAAGUCAUGACUCCAUUAGCUAAAAAAAAGCAACAAAGAAAGUCAUUUGCACCACCAAACUUCCAGUUCACUGCUCCAUCUGGUAUAUGCUCCUUUGAACACUAUUCCAAGGAAUUCAAGUUCCAGCCCCUAAGUCCUGCCAGUACUGAGAGCUUUUUCCAGGAAUUGGUCCCAGCCAUUCCUACCCCAGAAAACCAACGCCAUUUAAUUACCAAGGACAAUUUUAUUCUAAGAAAUGAGGAGGCUGAAAAUCAAUAUCCAGUUCUCAUGUCAGAAGAAACUGAAAAUACAAACACUGGUGUAAUCCCCUCAGCUGAUGUGAAAGAUGUGGAAAGCAGAACAGAGGAAAAUAAUGAGCAAGGAAGCAAAGCUGUGGAAAAUGAAGAUAAUCAACUUAGUAGCAAGUAUUUCAGGGAUCUCGUAUCAUCUGAAACUGAGAAACUCAAUCUACUUUGUGAAAGAUGGGAGAAAGUAAUGGAGUCAGAUAAUUGCUUACCAGAGGAAGCUAAAGGAAACAUCAGAACAGCCAUUGGUCAGGCACAGCUGUUGAUAAGUCAGCGAUUCAAGCAGUUUUCUGGUCUGAUUAACUUGAGUGAGGAUGAAACUGCAGAGAAGAAGGCAACAAUGUCAGAUCUACAGGGCUUCUGGGACAUGAUUUAUUUUCAAGUUGAAGAUGUGAACACUAAGAUGGACAGUUUAGAGAAACAAAAAGAAAAAAACUGGAUCGUAGAAACCAAGCAAGCCAAGACAGCAAGCAAAAAGAUUAAAAAAAAUGCCACAGCUAAAGGUGUUGGAAAAAGAGAUGCCAAACCUGCAGACAAGUCUAAAAUACAGGAAAUGAGGGCAGCCAUGAAAGCAAAGAUGGCGGAGAAGAAGAGACAGAUGCAAGCAGAAGAUGGAGAGAGUACCUCUUUCAUUACUGUUCUGACACCAGUAAAGAAAAGCAAGAAAUCAGGCUUAGCUGGGGAAGUUGUUCUUACUCCAGUCAGACGCUCAUUGCGCAACACACCAGUCAGCCAUUCAGGUGCUCCCCAUGCAAUGCCCAAAGUUAUAUCAACUCCUAAAAAGUUUGGAAAGAAAAGUCCAGACCUGCGCUUAACCCCAGAGGCAGUUGUAGGUACCCCUUGUAAUACUGGCUCAGAUCAAUCGUCUGAAGAGAAGAUGGAAAAAGAACAAGAGAUAAUGAAUGCUGAAGAAAUGAAGGUGGGAAGUCUUUCUUCCGAUCCUGAAGCUCAAACUAGUGAUUACCUUUCUGCUAAGGAGAAUAAUAUUGUCGAAAACACAGACGAAGAUAUGGAAAUGGAUCAGAAUGAGGUACAAAGAGAUACAAUUAAAAAGAGGCGAAGCUGUCUACGAUCCUCAACAAAAAAGAAGCGCAAAUCAUCACGCGUAUUUUUCCAAUCACCACAAUCUUCUGCCAACUCUACGGCCGGUGGUACCCCAGGGGCCAUUGGCUUUACCCCCCGGGUACAGGAGAACGUACGAUCGACUGGGAUAACAUUGACACCUGUGGCAGUUUCGUUUGAUUCUCCUCUAGUAGAGGGAAGCACUUGUUCUUUGAAUGCUGGCCAUACCCCAGCACCUUAUAGUGCUAGAAGAAGUAGUUUAAGAAAAAGAGCAUCAAAUGUAACUCCUGUUCGUCGAUCAACUCGAAGUCAUCCCAAUACUACCCCAGUGGAACAAGAUAACUCUUCCAGUGAUUCUGCACCAGAAAUGUCUACCUCGCCUGAGGAGACGCAUGUUGAAACGCCUAGUUGUGUUGACAAGGAAAUAGCUGUGAGGUCUGGUUCCAAAAGAAGAUCCCUGCGACGAUCCUGUAGAAAAAGUGCAGCAAAUGAACAGGGCGACCUCUUUCUACCAAAUAAAUACUUUCUUCCUUCAACAUCAAGCGAAGAAGAAGGCGACGACACUGCACCAGCAGCAUCUCCAGUUUUGGCGGGAAAAGUUUUGCUUCCCAACAGCCAAUCACUAGUCACCUUUACGCCAGUCAGGGACUCGUCAAACAAGUUAAACCAGUCAAGCAUGACUCCAUCCACUAUGUUCAUGGCUCUGAGUCUUAAUGACAGUGAAAAUGAAAGAAGAGAUUCAGUCUUCUUCGCCCCUUCUGGGUCAUUAAUAGAUAACAGUCAAUCAGCCAAAGAGAAUCUGAUAUGUUUUUCACCGGUCCCUGAGUAAAGCGACCAAAACAUAUACUGAACACUGUACAUAUUUUAACGCAUAUGAACAAGAGUGUUAGAGCGUUUUUUUGGAGAAUCUAUAUCUGUAGUUAUUUUAGAUUUAAGUAAAACGAAAAAAUCGUAGAUUUUUAGAAACGGCAAAAAAAGAGAAUGGCAUGGAAGUGAACUUAUAAAUGUUUUAUAGAUAACGAAGAUUCUAAGACUGAAACUGUUUGAAUAGUGUCUCAAAAUUGCAGUUUCUCCUAUAUUUCCAUUGCAGGAGUCCUAAUAACUUCCAUACCAAUCCAUUGAUAAUAUACUCUAACCUUUGCUUUCGUUGCACUCUAUUACUAUGACAAAUACUUGUCUUAUUAAUCGUUUUAUGAAAUACCCAAUACAGUGGUACUUUGAACAAGUCAUACAUUUAUAUUGCAUUUUAAUAUGGGGAAAGGCUAAAAAGUUUCAUAAGAAAUAUUAUUAUUAAUAUUAAUAAUAUUGCAAUAAAAUGUUUUACCAUCUACUAAUAUACAAAUUAAAGUGUUAAAAAAAMCAAGAUCUUUAGCUUCGUUAAUAAAAGCUAACUAAUAACU